AUGGACUACUCCUACCUCAACUCCUACGAGUCCUGCGUGGCCGCCAUGGAGGCCAGCUACGAGUUCAGUCCCUGCAGCCAGGCGGGCUCCUUCCAGUACAGCCCCAUGCGGGGGGGGCUUCGGGCCGCGCCCGCCUGCGCCCCCCUCGCCUCGGCCAGCUGCGCCCUGGGUGCCCUCCGCGACCACCAGCCCUCGCCCUACUCGGCAGUUCCCUACAAAUUCUUCUCGGACCCAUCGGGGAUCAACGAGAAGCGGAAGCAGCGGCGGAUCCGGACAACAUUCACCAGCUCCCAGCUGAAGGAACUGGAGAGGGUCUUUGCCGAGACUCACUACCCCGACAUCUACACCCGCGAGGAGCUGGCCCUCAAGAUCGAUCUCACCGAGGCCCGGGUGCAGGUGUGGUUCCAGAACCGUCGAGCCAAAUUCCGCAAGCAGGAGCGUGCGGCCAAUGCCAAGGGUGCCGGCGGCACCGGCAGCACCGGGAAGAAGUCGGAGCCGCGCUCCUCCUCGGAAGACGACGAAUCCAAGGAAUCCAACUGCAGCCCGACUCCGGACAGCACGGCGUCCCUGCCUGCUGCUGCCAUGGGCAGCCCCGGCGGCAGCCUGAGCCCCAGCCCUGGCGCGGGGGCACCCCUGGGACCCGGCCAUGCCCCGCAGCCCCUCAAGGCACCCCUCUGGGCAGGGGUGGGCGGCGGCAGCGGAGCCCCCAACACGGCCGAGCUGCUGAAGGCCUGGCAGCCCACCGAGGCCGUGCCGGGACCCUUCUCCGGCGUCCUCUCCUCCUUCCAUCGGAAACCGAACGGCAUCAAGACAAACCUCUUCUGAUCGCCGAAUCUCCGGAUCCGGCCGUCCCCCGAACCCCUCUCGGCCCCCACCCCGGCGCUCUCCACCCACCGCCCCCACCACGGAUCCAGCCACGGGGAGAGGGAGCGGGGACCCCGCCACCUCCCGGACCCUGCGCUGAUGGGACGGAUCCUGAGUGGGGGCAGCUCCCACCGACACCCGUGGGUACGGUGGGACGGUGCGGGUUCAAGGCGGGGGACACCACCCCCGCGCUCAGCCAGCCUGCCCCUGGCAGAGUCCUCGGGUUUGGGGGCUCCCGGUGCACUCCAGGGCUGGGGGCAGACGUGGGGCUCCCCGCAGCACUGUGGGUGGUCCACCUUCGCCCCGGGAGAUGCCCCCGUCAAUGGUCCGUGCCACUGGGCUGGGGGCGAGGAAGCACUUUAUGGGGGGGGCUCCGGGGCGCACUGGGUGGGCGGUGCCGCAGAGUCUGGUACGGAGACGCGCCCUGGUGUGGGAGGGGUUGGUUUCCCCCAGAUCCUGCCUGCUGACGUGGAUUCCCCCCCAGGCAGUACCCCGGCAGGAAGAAGACACACAUCCCCCACCCCCGAAGACUCGGGGGAGUAAAUGCAGGGCUGGGAGGUUCGGCACUCACCGGCACCGCUGCAGGUGUUGCCAAUGGGACAGGGCACCCCAGGAACUGCUGGAGAGGUGCCCCCACCCCAGGGGGCUGUUGUGGGAUGGACCCCCCAGAACAGCCAGUGGGAUGCCUCGGAGCAGCCGUGACCCCUUGCCAGCAGCAGGUUGGGUGCCCCCACUGGAGCUGGCACGGGCGCAGCUGGGACCCCCCCACACCAGCCCGUGACCUCCCAAAAGGGUUCCCAAAGCAGGGGGCGGCGCUGGUGGUGCUGGUGCCCAGUGCUGCCGUGCUGCUGGGCUGCAUGGUGAGGAGGCUGCCAGCACAUCCACGUGUCCCUGCUCCCCCUGUAUCCCUCCCAGUCCCUCCGAGGUGGGUUCCCCACUUUUCUUUAGAUUUUUUUUUUUUGGUUUUUUAACCAUUCUGUAAUUUAUUACCCAUGUUUGCAAAUGCCACUAAUCCAAAUUAAACUUAAUUUAUUGA